AUGUCUUCGUCGUCAGUCGAUCCAAAUCCUGGCAUCACAUUCCAAGGGAAGACCGACACCACCGGAUUCUACUUUGGUAUGGCACUUCCGACGACAGUUGGGUCUGAUUUCAUUGGCCAGAUGGUGGUUCCAGUCACCACAGGCUAUGGAGGUCUUACACUUACCGGAUCGAUGACAGGCAGCUUGCUUGUUGUUGCUUGGCCCAAUGAAGGAAAAGUUAUUUCAUCUUUCCGUGAGACUAGCGGGCACACUUCUCCCGCACUAUACACGAAUGCAUCCUUGUCUCUUUUACCUAUUGCAAAUGGAACAUUCAUCAACUCCACCCAUAUGUCUUUCACUUUUCUUUGUGGGGGAUGUAUCAUGGGCAAUGCAUUGACUUUCGAGGCUUCUACCGAUACCAUUGUCGUUGGUUGGGGUUUCUCGAAAACUGCACCAACGAACCCUUCCUCUGCCGACUCAGCUACAUUCGUUUACCACGAGGCUGGUUUCGGAGCCUUCGGUCUUGCUCUUAGCGAAGCAGGCUCUGCUGAAUACGCAACCUGGGCAGCUAUGGCAUCUUCUUCUUCUGGUAACGGCAACACAACUAUUACCCCUGCAAAUGACGGAUCCAACUCGACCUGCACUGUCACCUCAAAUGUUGCAAACUCUAGUUAUGACUAUAUCGUUGCCGGUGCAGGACCGGCUGGUAUCAUCGCUGCUCAGCGUCUUGCUGAAACCGGAUAG